UUUAACUAGUAUGACCUCAGUAAAAUACUUGGUCUGAUGACUUUAAAUUGCUUUUGUGUACUUCAUGAAAAAUAAUGAUGAAAACAGUUUUGCACUUUUUGAGAAAGGUUCGGUGGUUUUGAAAGUCCUCUCAUUGGUCAGCAUGGACGCGAUGCCUCAAUCCCGUACUCCUGAAGGCGGCACUAAUGAGAGCUCCUGCCAAUCCGAGUGCAUCUCCAGCCAGCCUGUGGCUAGAUUAUCACACCCACCGCAAAACACAGAAAAGGCCUCACCCCGUCUUUCUGUUAGGACAGAGGGUGGGAAUAGCGGCGAAGACUCGUCAGCCAUCAGCUUGUCCGUCAGCGACACAUCAUGCCUCCUGCCUGCCCACACUGACUUAGCUCCACCUCCCCAGGAACAGAAAGAAAAAUGGACUCACUGUGAUGUCAUCAAUAAUGCAGACAGCUCAUCAGUGACUCCUCCUCCUGCGUGCACCUGCCCGCAUCCACUUCUUGUUUCAUCCACCUGCAACCUUCCUCCUCCUCCUCAUCAACACCUCUCCUCCAGUAAAAGCCACGCCUCCUUCAAGGUGGACGCAGCUCACAUCAAAGAAGUAUCAGGAGAUGACUGUUGUGUUCACUGUUUGCUGGGGUGUUUGUUCUGCGAGAUGCUGUCCAUGUGUUCGGCCGUGGGGGCGUGUGUGCCGUGCGCAGGGGGCGGAGCUGGAUGCUGCGCGGCUGCUGACGACUGCUGCUGCUGCUGCAUGGAGGCAGCCUGCACUGGCGAGGCGUGUCAGGCCCUGUCGGACUGCGGGAUGUUGGAGGAAUGCUGCAGCUCGGCCGACUGCUUGGAGAUUUGUCUGGAAUGUUGCUCCAUCUGCUUCCCGUCGUAAAGAAGCGUCAACGUUGCAUCCUCGCAUCGGUCGGCCAUGUUUGUUGUUUAACUCCAUUUUAGGACUCCAGAAGCUCUCAAGUGUGUGUGUGUGUGUGUGUGCGUGCGUGGGCGAGGCCAGGACAAAAAAUGUGUGUCAGUUGAUGGGACCUCCAUACAGGAAACAGGAAAUCACUGAAAUGACAACCACUGCUGACCUCUGACCCUAGACAGCCAACAUCAAAACCGUCAUGAUCCAUGACUUAGCUUGCACAGUUUAGUUUGUUUCCACUUGAAUGCUUUAGUUAAUGCCUUUAUUUUGUAGUUCUUCCUACUUUGCCCUGUUUAGUGUUUGACUGCUUUGCCUUUGUGUUCAUUCGCACCUGCCACUAAUUUGUGUUAGUAUUUAGUCCAGGUGCGUGCUCCGUUGCGUGUCAGAGCAUUGUCAUAGCACUGAUCUUGUUUGGAUUCCCGCAUAGCAGCCAUAUUAAUUAAAAAUAUACUUUUACCUGCACUUGGGUCCUGCUCUCUGCAUACUGGGGUCGCUGCAAAUCCAGAAGGUGACAGAAUACUCCGACCAGAACAAGACAACCUCGCAGAGAUGGACUUCUGGACCUGGCAGGUCUUCAAGGAGGAAUUGGAAGACAUGGUGUGGGGUGCCAGAUGGCACAUUAAUUCCCAUGGCGUGGAUGUACAAUCGUCCACGACGCCGACGAACGUCUCGUCCGGCUCCCGCGAGGACUUCACGGCGUCAAAAGGUGAAGUCACGCUUUCCACCUCUCCACGCCACGCCGAGGUGCUGCUACUCCCUCGUCACACAGCUGCUGAGUGCCGGCCCGUUGUGCAGUUUCCAACGGCCUCCGCGUCACGUCAGCACGCUGAACCCCAGGACCCCCACUUUUCUCUGUUGCAUCACAAAGAGUGCAGCUCACCGUCUCCCGUGCCACAGCGGUCCAAGCUCCCUUUGCCGCCCUCGUCCUCUCCCACCUUGCUUAAAGUGCAAUACCAAGAGGUGGUCGCCUUCCAAAUUCCCUCGCCAAGGGGUUUCAAAUUCCUGCAGACCUUCUCACCUCCUGUCUUGCUCCCAGUGCAAAGCGUGCAAAGUGGGCUGCAUUCCAAUUCCUGCACCAAGGCGUUUCAAGCUCCCUCCCCCCUCCUCUCUCGACUUGCUCCCAGUGCAAAGCCAAGAGGUGAGCUAUGUUCCAAUUCCUGCGCCAAGGCACUGCAAGCCCAAGCUUUCUCACGUUGUCCUCCGUGCAACAUCUAGAGGUCGGCUGUCUUCCCACUCCC